UUUUUUUUUUUUUUUUUUUUUUUUUUUUUGAAAAAGGCUUAUUUAAAAAGUCGUUACUUUAGGCUAAGACACUAUAUACUUGUAAGAGCAUAGAUAAUAAAGUUUAAGAUAAUAAUAUAUUCCACAAAGGCAGUAAGGGCACAAAGAAUUUAAAGUUUCAUUUAAAGAGUGAGAUUUAUUUUGUCAUACAAUAAUGUGACAUUAAUUGUCUAUUUAAUUUGAUUUGAUGUUUUUGUGAUUAAUGUCGUAUAAAUAUUAAUUGCAAAGUAAAAUUUAAAAAUAAAAUAUUGAAAUGGAUCGGAGAAACUUCUACCUUAAAUUCCACGUGCACCGGCCUUAUCUUACGUGUUGAAAAAUGAAUAUGCAAAUACUACAUUAAACUGUAAUCCUAUACUUCUUUCAUGCUUUGAUAAGCUAACCAAUAAUUAACAUAAGAAUUACCAAAUAAUUAAAUAAUCAAAUGAUUGACAGGCUAACCAUUAUCAAGUUUGCAACUGGCAUAUAUAUUUUCUUAUCAAGGUAAACACUCCAACUACGCAAUUCAAUGUACGAAAAAUUAAUAUAAAAACGCGUUCAAAUGAUAUAAAACUUAGGCCUAAACUAAAACUAACUACUUCAACCAACUUCCAAACCAAAAAAAAAUAAAAAUGAUGAACAUAUUUCCUAUAAUUCUAUACUUAACCUCAUUAAUCAACAUAGUUCUAGCAGGAGAUUACAUACCUAAGGAUCAUAUCCUUGUAAAUUGUGGUACUUUCGACCGGAAAACAACCGAUUCCGACGGCCGAAUAUGGAGCUCCGACAAGGGUUCUAAGUAUUUGGUAUCAUCCAAAGGCACCUUUAGAGCUAGUGGUAAGACUCAAGCACCGGAUGUUGGUAGGGUACCUUACUUGUCCGCUAGGGUUAUGUACUCCAAUGCUACGUACAACUUCCCCGUUUCGCCCGGUCGUGUUUUUCUCCGGCUUUACUUCUACCCCAACGUGUAUUCCCGGUCGAAUGCGGCCAAUGCCGUGUUCUCCGUCACGGUUGGAUCGUACGCCUUGCUUAGGAACUUUAAUGUGUAUAAAUCUACACAACAGCUUGACGUUCAUUAUUUGGUCAAAGAGUAUUAUGUCAAUGUUGAUAGUGGAACUUUGACCGUGACUUUUUCGCCCUCGUAUAAUACGUUUGCUUUUGUGAAUGGUAUUGAGGUUGUGUCUAUGCCUAGCCUCUAUGAUAAUGAAGAUGGAGACAACAUCAUCGGCGCGAGUAGCCCUUUUCAGAUUGAAAAUUCUACUACUCUUGAGAGUUUGUAUCGGCUUAAUGUGGGCGGAAACUAUAUUCCGCCCACUAAAGAUGAGCUUUCCAGGUCAUGGUACGAUGACUCGCCUUAUCGAUCAAGCUACAUGUUAGGUGUUGCUGAAAUUGCCGAUCCAGGCUUAAGCAUAACAUAUCGAAAGUCCUUGCCCUCCUACACUGCGCCCGUGGGUGUCUACACCACGGCAAGGUAUAUGACACCGGACAGCUUCCGCAACCUCGAAUUCAACCUAACAUGGUUGCUCCCCAUUGAUACUAGGUUUGCUUACUUGGUGAGGCUACAUUUUUGUCAAAUUCUCUCAAACAUUGACAAAGUCAACCAAAUGGUGUUCAACAUCUACAUUAAUCAAAUAACCGCAUUUUCAGCCGUUGAUGUUAUUGCGUUGACAAAUAGCAAUGGAGCUCCUUAUAUUAUGGAUUUUGUGGUGAUUAUGCCCAUUACUAAAGAUCCAAAACAAGAUUUGCGGGUUGAAUUAAACCCAAAUACCAAAUAUAGACCACAAUAUUAUAAUGCAUUUUUAAAUGGGUUGGAGAUUUUUAAGAUCAAUAAUACUGAUGGUAGUUUAACAAUUUAGAUCGAUCCAAUAAUUACAUGUAUAUUUAAUAAUGCCGUUAAUUUAGCUUCGACCAUUAUCAUGCACGACUAAUUGUUAUUCCUCCGUGAUUAGUGGAUUUCUUCUUUAAUUGUACUAUACUUAAUGAUAUCGUGAGUGUAUGAUAUGGGACAUCAAGUUUUGAUUUUGUUUUUUUUUUUUAUAAAAUAUUGAUAUUAGUCUUACACGAUUAGAGUCUUAGAGAUUUAGUUUGACUAAAAUACUAUAAAGUUUUUUUUUUUUUUAGAAAAGAAUGCUACAAAUUUACAAUGCAUUCGUAUAUAUUAGAAAUAUAGUUUAAAUAAUGAUCAUCAUCAUCAUCAUUAUUGAUACAGAAUGUAUUACGUGGCGAAAUUUGAUUGGCCCGUAUUUAGUAUUUUGAUUUUCUUUUUGAAUUAU